CUUCGACGUGAGCUUCGCCGUGUAUAUAGUGGAGACACCCAGUUAGUUUUCAAUUUCAGAUAUCAUCUGCUUCCAACUUUGAGCCUGCAGGAUGUGGUCCUUGUCUCGUGAAGAAGCCAAUAGAGUUCCUGGAAAUUACUGCAAAUUCUUGGUUGCAGCUCUCAAGGAUGCUUGUGUUUAUUGCCAUUGUUCCUGUGUCCGAGCUCGAGCUUCUUCUUUUGGUGCUGAUGAUGAUCUCCCCCUGGCCAACUACUUCGACUACAAACAUGUGAUAAUUCUGGAGAUUCAAAGCCGAGCCAUGAAGGCUAAGCUCAAGCCGAAGGAUCAUUUGUUUGCGGAGAAUUUAUCAUGGUUCUUGUCUCCAACAUCAGGUGAACUGUUUAUUGUACCGAAAGGCGAGAAGACUGAUGAAGAACAUAAAGCAGCAGCAGAAGAAGAUGCCGAUGAUGAGAAAGAAACAUUCUUCUCAGUGAAGAGCUGCUUCUCUCAUUGUUCCAUUGAAAGUGGAGUAAUGUUAAAAGAGCAUACGAAACAUUCGGUGAUAGAAGAGUUCUGUCAUUGUGAAGGGUGGCCUUUCGGGCUAGGCCGGAAAGCACUGAUGCUGCCACCGUUGCCAAGCUCGCCGUCAGACUCUUGGACAUGGCAUAAACGAAACCUCAGUGUUGCGAAGCUCUACUCAAUAACCAUAUGAAUGCAUGCAUAGAAUAAACAACUUCAUCGAGUUCCGGGAAGUUUGUAUAAUCACCUUACUGUAAAAUUUCGAUCAGGAUGUGUUGUUUGUUGUGUUUUUUUUUUAGGGUUUAUACAGAGAAGGAACAUCUUGCUAUUUACUUAUUGUUUCCUGAAGAAAUAAUUAGCUAUUUUCUGAUAGUUUCAGGCAUACAAUGCUUUGAGAUUUUUGUAGGGCCAAUGUGUUUUAGUGCUCUUAGAAUUUGGCUAUCUUUUUUUUAUGACAUGUUUACCCUUGCAAAACUUUAUAAUUGCAUUAUGCCCUUGCAAAAGUUUUUUUUUA